CGUUCGUUUUCUCAGUUCCAAGCGAGCAAACAAUUUAGCACCCUCUUUUCAUUCCCAGUUGGAAUUAUUAAUAAUUAUAUAUAUUUAACAAAGGAUUAACUGUUGGGCACAAAUAUCUAGCAAAAGUACGUCCUUAAAUUUCAAAAACGGUUAAAAUUAUGACUUGGUAAUAAAAGAAAGGAAGCCGCGCGGUAAAUUUGUUCGAUGAGUAGCGGCGGUUUUUCUCCUUUUUUUAAGUUAUUCCUUAAAAAAAGUACGCAUAAACAAUAAUACUCAAAAAAAAACAACAUAAAACAAAUACAAAGUGAUUUAAAGUGAGUUUAAAAGCCUGAAAAGAGCAGCGAAAAAAGAGGAAAUCCAGGCCCAGCAUCCUUCAGCCUGCUUCUUCUUCUUCAUCUUCUUUUGCAUUCCUUCUCGUCGCGUGUGUAUUACUGUGUGCGAGUGUGUGCAUGAAAAAUGUGUUUAAUAAAUUUAUAUUCCAGCUGCCAACAACAAAUUAAUGCCAAAAAUAUAUGAAAAUUCGCCAUUGAAUGCGAGAGUGUGUUAAAUUAGCACUCCCCGAUUGCUCUCUCGCUGGCACCAACUCUGUUUUUUAACUGUUACCUAAAAAUAUGGGUGUGUGUUGGUGUGCGUGUGUGUUUCUUAUGGAAAUUAAUUAAAAAACGCACCUCAGUUGCCCCCUCUCGUUCUGUUAAGUAAAAAGGAUCAAAAUUGGAGGCAAAUGAGGAGGCAGCAAGAAAACCAACAACAAGAAGGUGAAUAAAAUCAUAAAAAUCAUAAAAUACACUUGGACCUGGAGUUAAAUGGCCAAGGCACGCAGAAAACGCUUCCGUCUGAGGUGUCCGGAUAUAGAGUUAGAUCCAAUUACAAGCCGCUAGGAUGGAUAAGCGAUCGUUGUGCCUGCUGCUCAUCUGCAUUAAUUUGUGCCUGGUCAUUUGGCUGGUCAGUGUGCAGCAGUCGCCGAUGCUGGAAGCGGAAAUCAUCACUGAUUCCAGCGGAAGUGGCAGCAGCAGCGGCAGUGGCAGCAUCAGUAGCACACCACAGCCGCCAAAUAGUGCCAAUGGAUUGCGGAGGAGCAGGAGCAAACCAAACCAAAUAUACCAGCCUAGUCGCACUCCUAGUAAUAACGAUAGUAGUAGCCUAGUUAGCAACACAUUCGAUAACCACCUGGGAACGCCCCCAUCUCUGGCGUCACAAACACCCUCCCCCCCUGGGAGCAGUAUGCACCUUAUGGACCUGCCCAAUUUCGUCUAUCUGAUAGAUCAGCCCGCCUGUGAUAAGGAUGUUCGGGUACUGAUAUUGGUCCAUUCGGCCGUUAAGAAUGUUGAAAAGCGGCGACUCAUCCGAGAGACGUGGGCAAAUCGAAGCUAUAUUGACCAGACGCCACUGAGGGUUAUCUUCUUGGUGGGCGGUGUGGGUCCGAAUUCCGAAGAAUGGCAGCAAUUUUUGGGACGCGAGAACCACAUGCACGGCGAUCUCAUCCAGGGCAACUUUCGGGAUGCCUAUCGCAACAUGACCUACAAGCAUGUGAUGGCCCUCAAGUGGUUCAACGAGAAGUGUGAGCAUGCCCAGCUGUUGGUGAAAGUGGACGACGAUGUGUUCAUGAACACGCCGCAGCUGGUCAAAUACUUGGCGACUCCUGAUUUGCCAGAGAAUUCGAUGCUCCAAGAUCCGGAUCUCAUGCUCUGCCGAGUCGUCCGUCACUCGAGGGUCAAGCGUUCGUAUCGGUCCAAAUGGCGGGUGACCUACAAGGAGUACCCACAUCGGUUCUAUCCGGAAUACUGCCCAGGGAUGGCCAUUGUCUAUGGACCGGACGUAGUGCGGCGGCUUUACGAGGCGGCUCAAAAAUCCAAAUACUUUUGGGUGGACGAUGUCCUGAUAACGGGCAUUCUGGCCGAGGAGACGGCCAGCAAGAUCACACCAAUGAAAUAUUACCUCGAGUCGAAGGACGUUUAUAAUCUGCUUAAUGGAGAUGCUGAUCUUGAGGAUCCACCGUUUCUUUUCACAAAUCAUGCCAUUAAACCGGACGAGAGCAUGGCCAUUUGGCAGAUGGCGCUGGACCGAAUCCAGAGGCCACUACUCACCCAUCCCGCCUACUCAUCCCCAUCCGCCGCUUCCAAAUCCGCACAGAUAGUGCCAAGUGCGAUAAUUUCCGAGGCGGCCCAGACGAGCUCCACCGCCCUCAGCUAGUUUGACUGGCACAACUCGAUGGAUUACGUUUAGUUUCUUUGGCUGUUCAGUUUUAGGGUUUCGUUAAGCUUUAAUUUUAAUUCGUAGUUAUCCCUAAUGUUAACUAAUUAAUGAUAGGUAGCAUUUUUUGUCGAGACGAAAUCAACGGAACAUUGCAAGUCAAGUGAACCACCAACCACCUGCCUACAAUCAUUCGUAUCAUAUGAACCGUAACUAAUCUAAGGAUUCUACUGAUAGUCAUGUACAUUAUUGCAAUGCGAAACGCUCACCAACAGAAAACCAGAAGACAGAAAACAAACAUGAAAACCAACAUACAACACCAAACAAAAAACUCAAACUCAAACACCAACAACAAUAAGAUGAGCGUAAUACCUUAAGAACAACUCUUAACUCUUAAGAACCCUACAAUAGUACUUAAUAAACGAUAUAAUGGUAAAACGUUA